AUGACCGAAAACAACCCUCAACGUCACGCCACAAACGCAACUGUGGAUACAUUCACAGAAUUUGAUUAUGUAGUCGUAGGAGGAGGUCCAGGCGGAAUGGCAUGUGCUGCUGCUUUAUCCGAAAAUGAAAAAGUGACAGUUGGUGUAUUAGAAGCAGGUCCAUGGCUUCCAAACGAUCCACUUAUCGAAUAUCCUUCCAUGAUGGGACAAUCAAUCAUGAAUCCAAAAUAUGAUUGGUGCUUAAAAACAACUCCACAAAAGUAUGCCAACGAUCGUGAAUGGAUUUUACCACGCGGAAAGAUGUUAGGCGGUAGUAGCGCAAUGAACUUUAUGUGUUGGCAAAGAGGUUAUAGAACAGAUUUUGACGAUAUUGCCAAGCUUGGUAACCCAGGUUGGGAUUGGGACAGUCUCACUCCCGCAUACACCGAAUUAACACAAACAGCAACUUCAAACUUGACUCAAGUGCAAAAAGACAACGGCGGAGCAAUUGAAGAAGGCUGUCAUGGAACAAAUGGUCCAGUAGGCGUCUCCCACUCGGUAUGGUAUUGUGAAGCACAAAAAGAAUGGUGGAACAUGUUUUUGACAAAUGGCUCUAAGCAUGUCCAAGACGGCUCAGGAUCAGGUGAAAUGUAUGGCUUGUGGAAUACACUCUUUUCCGUUGACUCACAAACACGUAAAAGAACACAUGCAGGUACAGCCUUUUACGAACAAGGCAACUAUUCUACUCGACCGAACUUCAAGGUUUUGUGUGAUGCGACUGCUGUCAAGGUGGAAUUGAGUCGUGAUCGCGCAACAGGAGUUUCAUACUUGCAUGACGGUAAAGAGUACAUCGUCAAGGCAAAACGUGAAGUUAUCCUUGCCGGGGGUACUUUCUUAACUCCCAAAUUGUUGGAGUUAUCCGGUAUCGGAGAUGAGUCAAUCUUGCAAAAGCACAAAAUUCCCGUCAAAAUCAAGAAUGACAAUGUAGGCAAAAAUCUCCAAGAGCAUUUCUAUCUCGGUUCCGUAUUUGAGGUGAACAAAGAUGUAAUCACAUACGAUAAAUUGAAAAAUUCGGAAUUUGCACAAAAAGCCAUGGCUUACUACGGCGAUUCACCCGAUACAGAUCUCACGGGCGGAAUUAUUGCUGCGCCUUGCUGUUCAGCGUUUGGUUAUUUGUCCCUCAAAGAUCUCUUGUCGCCUGCUGAAUUUGCCGAAUUAAAGGCGAUUGCAGACUUUGGAGACAAUCAAGAAGGAUGGUCAGAUGGCAUGAAACGUGUACAAGAAUUGCAAUUGGCCAAAUUGUUCUUCGAUCGUGCUCCUGCGAUGGAAUACACUUUAUUGCCCGCAUUUGCAACAACGGACGGCGCUCCAAAGGAUGAAACGGGUUAUGUGACAAAUUUGAGUCUAUUACAAUAUCCACUCUCUCGUGGCACGGUGCAUAUCAAAUCGAAUGAUCCAAACGAGCCACCUGCCAUCGAUCCCAACUACUUUUCCAAUCCUGCCGAUCUCCGUUUGAUGGCGUAUGCGAUGAGAAAAGGUGUUGAAGAUAUCGAAAAGGAUCCAGGAAUGGCAAAGCAUAUCGUCGAACGUCAUGCGCCCAAAAAGGAUGAAUCAAAAACGAUUGAAGAAUAUGAAGAAUUCAUUCGUAAUCAUGCAAGUACCACAUAUCAUCCCGUUGGAACCUGUUCAAUGAUGCCUCGUGAAAUGGGUGGUGUUGUUGAUGCGCAAUUACGUGUCUAUGGAACACAAAACUUGCGUAUUGCUGAUGCGAGUAUUCUUCCAGUCAUGCCUUCUGGUCAUAUCCAAAGUGCAUGUUAUGUUAUUGGACACAAGGCAGCCAAUAUGAUGCUCAAACAAAUCGUUUGA